AAAAGGAUUGCCCUCUCAUUUCCUUAUCUCCUCGUCUCUCUCAUCCUCCCUGCCAAACUGCCACAAAUUGUUAGUGUGCAAAAAAUACAGGGGAGGAAGAAACCCAGAGGUUUAGGAGAAGCAUGUCUGCCACACUCUCUGCUUUGAAUCUCCCCUCAUUACCUCUCCGAAUUCAAUCAAAACUCCACACUCCUUCCUCCACUCAAACCCCAUCUAAAUUAAACCCUAAUCCAAACAAAUUAACCCUAAUCAAACAAGAUCAAGAUCAUUUUUUUCAUCCUUUAAAAUCUUGUGCUCUUCCUCUUUCUACUCUCGCAUUGCCCUUCCUUCUAAAUGCCCAGGAUGCAUUGGCGGUUGAGGGUCAAUUGGGGAUAUUGGAGGGAAGAACAGCAGCAUUGAUACACCCAGCAGUGAUGAGUGGGCUAUUUGUUUAUACAUUGUGGGCCGGUUAUUUGGGCUGGCAAUGGCGUAGAAUUAGGACUAUCCAAAAUGAGAUUAAUGAGCUUAAGAAGCAGGUUAAGCCUGUUGCUGUUACUCCUGAUGGUUCUCCUACUUCUGAUAAUCCUGCCCCUCCCUCUCCUAUUGAAUCCAAAAUCAAGCAACUUACUGAGGAGAGAAAAGAAUUGUUAAAAGGGAAUUUUAGGGACCGACACUUCAACGCUGGCUCAAUUUUGCUGGGGUUUGGUGUUUUUGAGGCAGUUGGUGGAGGACUUAACACAUAUAUUAGAGUAGGAAAGCUAUUUCCUGGGCCUCAUUUAUAUGCUGGAGCAGCAAUUACAGUGCUGUGGGCAGCAGCUGCAGCACUUGUACCUGCAAUGCAGAAAGGGAAUGAAACCGCUAGAAGUCUUCACAUUGCUCUGAAUGCUUUAAAUGUUAUCUUGUUCAUAUGGCAGAUCCCCACUGGAAUUGAUAUAGUCUUCAAAGUUUUUCAAUUCACUAACUGGCCUUGAAUCGCAUCAAUUCAGGUCUGGCAUUCCUUGCACAUUCCCUGUGCUAAAUUGUUUACUCGUAUAAACACAUAAGUUGUUUUUUCCUCCCUGUUCCCAUUUCCUUGUCCCUGUACUGUGAAUAGCUUUAUACUUGCAAGGUGAAAAUAUGUAUUGUCUAGCUGUAAAAAUUGUAAUGAAACAUGAGAUUCUGGUAUCUACGGAGCUGUAGUGUUACAUUCUUUUGAAGACUAUUACAAUGGGCUAUGGAAUUAGAGGGAUGAUUAUAGACAACAAGUUUUUGUUUGUUUGUUUGUUGAACGAGCCUCAAUAACCUUCUCCUGUGAGCUAUUUAUUCUGUAUUGGCAAUGGUGAUGUUGUUAUCAAUGGUGAUGUUAUAUAAUUUAUUUUAUAUAUUA